AUGUUAAAAGAGGCAGCAGCUAUCAUUGCUCCUGUUCUUACAGAGUUGUUUAAUAAUUCGCUAGAGUAUGAGGAAUUUCCAAAAGCAUGGCAAUUAGGUUACACAAUACCAUUGUACAAGUCUGAUGAUCCUCAAUCAUCAAACAACUAUCGCCUCAUUACACGUUUACCAGCUUUAUCAAAAAUCUUUGAGCGAGUCAUUUAUCGACAUGUCUAUGGUUUUUUAAGAACCAACAACUUAAUUUGCAAAAACCAGUCUGGUCUUGUACCUCACGACUCCUCUGUGAAUCAACUAAUUUCAAUAGUUGAUUUUAUUGCUAAUAGUUUGAAUGAGGGAAAUCGGUUACUAGCAGCGUUUUUGGAUUCCAGUAAGGCAUUCGACAAGGUUUCACAUAGUGGAUUACUGGUUAAGCUUCGCAGUAAGGGAUUACUUGAUUCUCUGAUUCGGUGGUUUGACAGCUAUCUAUCGUUCAGAUGCAUUGUGAGUAUGGUUGACGGAAAUACAUCUGAUGAGCUAUCUGUGGCGUGCGGAGUUCCCCAGGGCUCUAUAUUAGGACCAUUGCUUUUUCUCAUCUACAUUGAUGAUCUACCUUUAUCGGUUAGAUCAACUUGUAAAUUAUUUGCAGAUGACGUGUCUCUAUACAUAACCGCAACUGACAUCACAACUGCUGUCAAAGUUAUGAAUCAAGAUCUUGCUGGAAUCGCUGCAUGGUCGGUGAAAUGGGUACUAUUUUUAAAUGUGAAAAAGUGUGCAGGAAUGGUGUUUACGCUAGAUCCGUUGGCGACCGUUCCACUAUUAGUUAUUAACAACAUCCAGUUAGAUUAUGUCGAUAAGCACACUCAUUUAGGUCUAAUACUGGCACCCAGUUUGAGUUGGAAAGAACAUCACACGAAAAAAUAUUGUACGACUUGGGACGGCUAG